GCAGUGCUAGCUGCAAGCUGCUGCAUCUUGUGCUGUCACACGUACAGAAAACAAGACGACGACCCAUCAGUGGACUCAGGGAUCACACAACCAGGGCUGCUACAGUUAGGCGAGGACAGCUGCAGUAAAAAGUGUGUGGGACGCCUGCACUGUCUCCCUGAGCAACCAGGUAGCCACUGUUCUGUCAAUGGGCCUCCCCUCUGCACCCUGAGUCCACCCAGUUUCCCCUCCCCAGCCAGGCUGUCCCACCACCUCGACCCCCCUCCCUCCGCCUCCCUGGACUCCCAGGACCCCCCCUCCGGCUCUGCGCAGCCGGAGGGGCUGCUGGAGGACAUCAUCAAGGCCCCUGAUAGAGGCACUCAAGACAGGGGCUGCCAGGAUGUGUCCACCCUCACGGACCUGUGCUAUAGUUCCAACCUCCCAGAGGUGGAGAUAGUCAGCCUGCUGUCGGAGAGGUUGCCUAAUUACACUCUUCGAGCAGACUGUGUUUUUGGGUAUGAGCAUGAUGACUGGCUGCACACCCCGCUGUUACCUCCAGAGGCCACACUGUGCCUUACAACCCAGCAGAUAGAAGAGACCCUCAAGUACUUCUUGAUGUGCUCGGAGAGGGUAGGACAGGUGACGAAGACAUACCAUGAUAUUGAGGCCGUCACACACCUGCUGGAAGAGAAAGAACGGGACCUGGAGCUUGCAGCCCGCAUUGGCCAGUCGCUGCUCAAACAGAACCGGGCCCUGACAGAGCACAAUGAGCUCCUGGACGAGCAGCUGGAGAUUGCAAAGGAGGAGAUCGCCCAGCUGCGCCAUGAGCUCUCCAUGAGAGAAGACCUGCUGCACCUGUAUGCCAGUACAGAGGAAAUAGAGCCUGCCUCCACCACCUCACCUGCCUCUGAUAUCUCUUCACCAAUAAGAAGAAACGAGUCCUCCUCAUCCCUCAGUUAUGUCCACUAUGACUUCCUGGAGCAGAAACUGAAGGGCUUGGAAGAGGAAAACCUCAAACUACGUUCAGAGGCCAGUGAGCUGACUUCAGAAACCACAAGCUAUGAGGAACAGGAGCAACAGCUUAUGAUGGACUGUGUGGAAGAGCUCUCGUCAGCAAACAAGCAGGUGGUGGCGCUGUCCGAUGAGCUGGCCCGUAAAGUGGAGGACACCCUGAGACAGCAGGAGGAGAUCAGCUGUCUGCUGGCCCAGAUAGUGGACCUGCAGCAUCGCAGCAAAACUCUGUCCAUGGAGAAUGAGGAGCUGACCCAGCACCUGACUGCCUCUCGGGAGAGCCAGGCCCAGCUCCGAUCUGAGCUGAGGGACCUUCGGGACAAGUACUCUGAGUGUGAGGACAUGCUGCAGGAGGCUCGAGAGGAGCUGAAGAACCUGCGGAACAAGAGCCUGCCCAACAGCACCGUCAGCCGCUACAGUGCGCUGGCCGCUGUCUUCCCCAUGGACUCACUAGCUGCCGAGAUUGAGGGCACCAUGCGCAAGGGCCUAGACAGCCCCGCCCCCCCGGAGUACAAAAACCACCCCUGGCGCGUGUUUGAGACAGUGAAGGCAGUGAACCAGGCAGCCCGCCGCCGCUCCCGCUGUGACUCCCCUCAAGUGCCUGGCUCAAACCCCUCCUCUGCCCGCUCCAGUCACACCAGCACCCCCCGCACCAGUUACUAUGGCUCUGACAGCGCAAGUGUCACCCUGGAGGACAAGCCGUCUGCCGGCCCCUGUCUCCCUGAUGACCAGAGCGGGGUGGAGGAGAAGCGGCUCGGACAGCCGGGGACCCCUGGUGGCCAGGACCUGGAGGCGGCUUUGCGCCGCCUCUCGGCGCGGCAAGAGAGUCACGCCUCGGAGCGCCCCUUCUUCGAGGUGGAGCGUGAGCGCAAGCUGCGGGCUCUGGCUGCCCAAGGAGACGGCUCCAGUGGCUUCCUCACCCCCAACGACAGCAUCCUCUCCAUCGGCACCAACUACUCCAGCAGCUCCCAGCACUCCUCUGGCUCUGGUCUCUCCAGUGGCUCACGCCCCUACCUGCCUGACCGCCUGCAGAUUGUCAAGCCCUUAGAAGGCUCAGUGACACUGCUCCACUGGCAGCAGCUGGCCAAGCCCAACUUGGGAGGUAUCCUGCACCCCCGCCCUGGGGUCCUCACUAAGGACUUCCGGGAGCUGGAGGUUGACCUGCAGCACGUCUACAGCCUCAAUGACCUGGAGGAAGAUGAGCCCGACUUUUCACUGUUUUCCACUGGCCUGGCUACUGCUACACAUGGCGACAUGGGUAAGGUCACUCCGUCCAGCCACAACCUGCCCCAGACCCCCCCCACACACACCAUCACCACCUGCCGGAUCCUGCACCCCUCCCUCCAGGUUGCCUCCCUCUCUCACAGCCUUUGUCCUCGCAGCUUGUCCACUUGUAGGGGCCCUGAGUACCUGAGGCACAUGCCCCCCCAUCUGCACUCCGGGUCCUCCGGUGACCUCCAUGACCACACCCACACUACAUCCUCAGCUUGCCUAGGACUGCUGAAGUUGCUGCAGGAGCAGGGCAUUUCUGCCUCCACCCACGCACACCCUGCCUUCCCUCCAUGGAGCAGCCUGUCUAGGACUCAUGCUGCUUCACGCCCAGGCAGUUCCAUUCCACCUGCAAUGGAGGGGGGUCAGUGCCAGGACAGCAAACGGCAGACAAACAUUUUUAGCCUAAACCUGGUGGGAAAGCUGCAGAGUCUGGGGCUGGACAAAGUUGUGGCCCGGGGAAUCAUUUCCCCAAAAGGAGAGAGGAAAGAGUGCUGAAUGCUCAGACAUUGCAAACGACUUUAGGCAACACCACCUGCUCCUUCCACCCAGGCAACCGUAAAGUCACCUCUUGAAGCCAUUGUGUGCCCAGCGUUAACCCCAAGCAGAAUUUAAAGGGAAGCAUUUUUAAAUCCAUAGGGUCAUAAUAGGCAUAAGUUGCUUUGGUGUGUAUCUUUUCUUUUGUAAUGACACUGGAAUGUAGCCAAGCCUCCAUGUAAACACCUGCCAUCUUCCCAGGUUUCAGCACCUCAGGACACUUUCUUUUAUCACCUGUCUAGGCUGCGGCCCUCCUGUUGCAAGAUUGUUUUAUAUUAAA